AAUAUGUUAUUAAAAUAAGUGAAUAAAUCAUAUUAGAAAACAAGCAAAAUCUAGUAGUUGUUGAAAAUUUUAAAACAUGGGAAAAUUGACACAUUCUUAUUUGUUUUGCGUGGGUAUCAAAAUUUUUAGUUUAGAAAAAUGGGAGUUACCAAAUAUUUAGAUUAUUAUAGUGUAUUGAAAUUACCUAGAAAUGCAACAAUAUCGGAUAUUAGGAAAUCAUACAAAGACCUCUCUGAGAGAUGGCACAGAAGAGAUAAUAUGAAAUAUAAAAAUUCAACAGGGGAAAGUUAUAAAGAUAUAUCAAAGGCAUAUGAAGUUCUGUCAAAUGCACAAACAAAACGUUUAUAUGACCAACAUCUCAGGACUCGGACACAUGCAGAUUUUAAAAUAGACAGUGGUGCUCUUAUGAAAAAACAUUCUGAAACACUUGAGAACAUGGCUAAAGAAUUAACCAAUAUAAAUGAAGCAAGCAUGAAUCUGCGCAACAAUUGGAAUGUCUUUCCAUCUAAUGUGUUCAAAACUCUUACAUCUGAUUUUAAUGAUAUGUUUAAAUUCACUGAGGAAAUGAUUAAAAUAUCAGAGCGAAUGUUCAAUAUGCCUGUAAUAGCUGCAGAUGAUGAUAAACCAGAUGUUAAACAUAAAGACUAUUAUAAAAAAAUAACAUCAGAAACUACAUUUAUUAAAGGAAAAAGGAAAACAACCAUAAGGGUGAAUGAGAAUGGUCGUGAAACUGUAAUGACUUAUGAAGAUGAUGUUAUGACUUCUAAGGUAAUAGAUGGAGUUCCACAAGAUUUAAAACAACUAAAGUGAUUGUAAUAAAAUAUUUGUUUGUUAUAUUUUUUCUCU